CACCUUUACUGAUGGGAUCAGGAGACCAACCACCGUAAGCAAGGGUGAAGUGUUGAUACGAGCCCUGUUCUCUUACUUGGAAGCAUUGCAUUCGCUUGAUUUGUCGCAGCAUGGCGUCUGCCGGAGUAUAACAGACAGGAGCAGAGUGACAUGAUCGCAUGCAAUUUAUUUCCUCAAUUCGUGGAAAAGAACAGGGCUCGGCGCUCGCUAACACGAUGAAGGACUUCGCGGGGCUGGGGCACCUGUUCGUGGCGUCCUUCCUGUUCCACUUCUCCUCCUUCAUGGUGAUCCCGGUGCUCACCGACGUCACCAUGGAGGCCGUCUGCCCCGGCCGCGACGAGUGCUCGGUCGCCAUUUACCUCAGUGGUUUCCAGAACGCCGUCACCGGACUGGGGGCGAUCGUGGUGACCCCCGUCGUCGGGAACCUGUCGGACAGGUACGGCCGGAAGGCGCUGAUGACGCUGCCGAUGACCGUGGCCAUCGUGCCGCUGUUUAUAUUGGCGUGCAACCGCUCGGAGGUGUACUUCUACGUGUACUACGUGGCGAAGAUCGUGGCCGGGAUCUUCUGCGAGGGCAGCAUGCAUUGCCUCUGCCUUGCCUACGUGGCCGACCACGUGGGCCCCAGGCGGCGCGCGGCGGCGUUCGGGCUCCUCUCCGGCGUGUCGGCGGCCGGGUUCGUCUCUGGGACCCUGACCGCACGCUUCCUCUCGACCUCCUCCACCUUCCAGGUCUCCGCCGCCGUCGCAGCGGCAGCCGCGCUCUACCUCAGGGCCUUCCUCCCCGACUCCGGCGGCGUCUCCUGCGGUGACGAAGCCUGCGAUCCGCUGCUCCAAGAUUCCUCCUGCUCCUCUUCCACCUCAUCACCCACUUCAUCGUCUGAUGAAGAGCUCUCGCUGAGGCUGCCACCGCAGAAGGGCAGGCUGCCGUCUCUGUCGGACAUGGUCACGCUUCUUACUGACAGUUUGGCCUUGUCUGGGGCAGCAACGGUCACUUUCUUCUACAGUCUAGGUGAACAUGGGCUUCAGACUGCAUUGCUGUACUACCUGAAGGCACAGUUUGGUUACAGCAAAGAUGAGUUUGCUAAUCUACUUCUAAUUGCCGGUGCUGCCGGAAUGCUAUCACAGCUAACUGUAAUGCCUAUCUUGGCUCCAAUUCUGGGUGAAGAGAUACUACUUAUUCUGGGGCUGCUAGGAGGAUGUACUCAUGUUUUCUUGUAUGGCAUCGCAUGGUCAUACUGGGUGCCCUAUUUUGCCGCAGCAUUUGUAAUUUUGAGUGCUUUUGUUCACCCUUCCAUAAGGACCAGCGUAUCAAAAAGUGUUGGAUCAAAUGAGCAGGGAAUUGCUCAAGGGUGUAUCUCUGGGAUCAGUUCUUUUGCCAGCAUAUUAGGUCCCCUCAUCUUUACUCCCUUAACAGCAUGGUUCCUUUCAGAAACAGAGCCCUUCGAUUUCAAAGGUUUCAGCAUUUUGUGUGCUGGCUUUUGCACCCUCAUUGCGUUUAUUAUCAGUCUGAGGAUGCGCGGAGCGCAAUCGUGUAAGAAGUUGAGCACUGUUCAGCAUGAGCAAGCAUGAUAAUAUAUAGGUCCAUCUCCUGUUUUUAAUUCCGUCCAUGUACAUACACAUAAAAGGACAGGAUGAAAGAAGCGUAGCUUGAAGCAAACUCAAGGUAUAGUGACAGAAACUUCUGGAGAAACAUUCCCGAUUUUGCAUGGUUCCAGGAGAUCGAAUUGUCCUAUGCAACUAGGCAUUUUAUGCCUCACAGAAACGUUGCAGAUUGCAAACUGACAAUUGCCAUGCUGUCCAGCGACUUCAGUCGUGUUGUAGGACUGCUCAUAGUGGCACAUAACUGAACUACUACAUCUUUUGCCUGUAGUUCCAUGGACAUGAAUUAGUGUUUAACAGGCA